CCGUAGUAGUGCUAGUGAUUGUGCAGUAAUUCAUACGCAUGCGAUCUUCCUCACGAAGUUCCUGUCUUCCGCAAGUUCUAUGAUUUGUAACAAACCAUUAACCCUGCUCUGCAAGCAAUAAGCUUAUAGCUUUAGCCGUUACCGUCUUUUUAGUAAGCACACGUUAUACCUUGAGCGUCGUCGCCAUAUGACGAAUGCUAAACGGGCAACUUAACCCGAUGGCGUUUAAGCGGAGACAAUGUAGUAGCAACCUCGUUUAGGAAUCGCGACAUCGACGUUAACACAUUAUGCAUUGCACGUGACAGUUGUGACCAAGGUCCAUGGCGUUACAGAUGUCACCGCCUGCCUCGGCACUCCCACCCAUUCGCCCAUCUUCAGCAGCAGCAACCACACCCACCGCAGCUGCUGCAGCCAUUGCUACUGCUAGCGCAGCUACCGCUGCUACAACAUUUACGCAGGGCCGCAGUCCCAACAGCCCACCACCACCUCCACCUGGCCCCCGCACCCCUCCAAACCCGCGGCCCCGCUCCCUCUCUACCACCACUCCCAGUAAACCGGCAGCUACCAAUAUCAGCUCCACCACCUUUCAUGCCACUGCACACACGCCUUCCUCCUCGUCUUCUCCUUCCUGGCCUUCUCCUUCCUCCUCGUCUUCUCCUUCCUGGCCUCUCUACCGCGCGCUGGUGCUGCCUGGGAAUGAGUCCGUGCUGCUCAGGGAGGCACUAGCUAGGAGACCCUGGUGGACUGAGGUGGCACCUGCGCCCGCAGCAGCAGCAGCUACUGCAGCAGCGAAUGGUACGGCAAAUACAGGUAGUAAGAAAGCAGCAGCCAAGACGCAACGGUGGAAUCUGUGGGCCGGACUGAACGGUCAACGCUUUACAGAAUGGGAGCUAUUACAGCCGCUGCCGGAGGUUGCCCCUGGCGCCGCAGCCGCCGCAACAGCAACAGUAACAGCAGCAGCAGCCGGUUUGGGAUGUGCUCCUGCUACUGCUCGCAGGCUUGUGAACCGGUUAGAGGAGCAUCGGCUCAUCUGCACCAAGUCCGGCCUAGCGGGAGUCCUGGCGUCCAUACAAGCUGUCGCAGCCACAACAGCAGCAGCAGCUUCCACCGCACUAGCAACCUCCGCUGUAGCCUCACCAACCGCACCCUCCAGAAUGGACGUCAGCUGGAUUCCGGAAACCUACGUCGUACCAGCGGGACCCAAGGCGGCGGCGGCUGCCGCAGCGGCGACCCACGGGUCUCUUUCGCGCUUCCGAGCGGCCUUUGCGGCGCAUGCGGCGGCGGGCCGGCGCAUAUGGAUCGCCAAGCCCACAUGCCUGAACCGCGGAAACGGCAUUCAGGUGUUUGACUCGCUUGAAAAGAUCAUGGAGCACCUUCAAAGCCGGCCCGCGGGCAGCUCCCUCAUCCUACAAAAGUACAUUGAGAGGCCCCUGCUGCUAGGCGGCCGGAAGUUCGACAUCCGAGCCUAUGUCCUGGUUGGCCCCGACGGCCGUAUCUGGUUCCACAAGGAGGCCUACUGCCGUACAUCCUCCACUCCGUACGACGGAUCCGAUCUCACAAACCGUUCCGCACACCUCACCAACGAUGCCGUACAAAAGCAUCUGGAGUCGUACAACGCCUACGAGGAUCACUGCAAGCUGUCUCUGGAGGAACUCGGGCCCGCCCUGCUUGCAUCGGCGUCUGCUGCUGCUCCCGCUGUUGCUGCUUCCGCAUCCUCUUCCUCAACAAAACCCUCCGGCGAAACCAGCAGCAGCCAGCAAAGAGUCAAGCCCCCUUCGCAGCCCCCACCCGGCACCAGCCCCAGCCCCAGCAGCAACCCAGAUCAAGACGACAACGCUCCUCUUCCUCCUCCUUCUGCCGCUCCUCCCACGCCGCCCUCCAGCCGCCCGCUGCCCCACCUGGACACCCGGCCAGGCAGCGAGUCGGGGCUGUGGGGCGCCAUGCGGCGCUGCGUGGCUGCGCUGUUUUCCGUGGCCGGGGCGCACCGAUUGAACCCGCGGCGGCUGGGGCACUGCUUCGAGCUGCUGGGUCUGGACUUCAUGUUGGAUGAGGGCGGGCAGCUGUACCUGAUUGAGGUGAACACCAGCCCCGCACUUUUCCGAGCGGGGUCCUACCUGUCUGACCUGCUGCCACGAUUGGUGGAGGAGGUGGUGCAAAAGGCGGUGGAUCCGCUCUUCCCGCCCCCCGGUGGUGACCGUCUCUCGCCUGCCGCUUCAACUGCCACAACGACCUCCGCAACAGACGCGGCAGUUACGUCGACAACUGCCUGGGCGGCGGCGGCGGCGCUGCCAAAGCCGCUAGAUGGAUUCGUACUCGUGGAGAUGGACGACCGCCUUGCAGCAGCAGCAGCGGCGUGUACGGCAGCUGGUGGCGGCGGUGCAACAAGAUCUGGUUCGAGAAGAAGUACGGCAAGGAUAUCAGUGGGGGCUGGUGUGGGCGCUGGUACAAGAGCAGGAACAGGAACAGGAGUGGGUUUGGUAGGUGCGGCACCAGCGAGCCGAGGGAUGGCAGAUAGGAACCUUGCGGGAAGAGUGAUGGCUCCUGCGCCGUUCUCAUCAUCGCAGAUCACAUCGUCAUCACCGCCUUCACCUUUGUUUCCUCCCGUACGGGGACGGAGAAGCAGCGGGUUGUCAGGCAGUGUACGGCAACAGGCGGUUGGUACGGCAUCGCUGCGGAAGACGUACGGCAUGAUGGAUGGUGGACAUGGUGGCAACAGAAACAACGGUGGCAAGACGGCCGAGUUGGGGAAGAUUGGCGGUUUGUCGGUUGUGAGAGCGGCAUCAAAGACGGGUCGGUAGCGAGUAGUGAUUGGACACGGAGGACAUGUGAGACGCGGAAGAGCCUUGGAAGACGGUGGCGCAAGGUUGACUACCGGUAAGCUAGCUAGGUGUGCGCAGGUAGGACGUAGACGUAAUGCCGGGUGUUAAUAAUCAGGAUGUAGCGGCCUUAGAUUCAAUAUGUCAAAGAUGCAAGGAGUUAGUGGACUGCAUGACCUGCGACGUCGUGCAGUGAUGACCUUGGAGUGUAGCAGCAAGCAAGGGCAGCACAGACUAGCCUGCAUAUGUGCAACUGCCUCCCAUUGCCGUGUGGUAAGGGCAGUGAUAGGACUGAGGACGUACGUGGUGUUGCUGCCAGGACCGUAACUACGAAAAACACACACGAGAAUUGCGUAAUUUCCUAAACUGCCAGAACUUCAAUUCAUUGCCUGAUUGCCUUAUACACCUGCCCUGCAGAAGUGCAGAUGUCUUGACGGCAUGUGGUGAAAGCAGAUGUCUUUACGGCAUGUGGUGAACUGGUGAUGUGUUCAAGUAACCUGUGGCGCGGCAAGACCACACGACAAGAUGUGCCUGUCCUUGGCAAGGGGACCUGAGAGUGAAGUCUGCAUGCAUGGGCGUGCGGCGUUACAUGGGGAAUAGAACUUACGUUGGCUCCCUCCACUAGGGGCGUAGUAGUUGGACAGCAAGAUCCGGACCGCCG